CGAGACCGUAAACAACAUGGCGCGUCACGAACCUGAGGAGUCUUAAAAACACCUCAGGGAAGAACUGAAGCGUACAACAAACUUAACUAACACAUUAAAAUAAUUUUUACUACAUAGUUUCCUAGUUAUUGACCGAAGUCUGCAGGAAGUCAUAAAAUCAGUUAAAGAGCUGUCAGAGCACUGCUAUCAUAUAACUGACAAUCGGUCUAUGGGCUCUCAGUCCAGUUCUGGGAUGUCCGGCCGGGGCUCUGAUAACCCAGACCAGUCAGAACCAGAAACCAACCAGAAUUCUAACCAGACGGACCACACACAGGCAGAGAGGCAGUCAGAGAGACAGUCAGGAUCAGAAGAGGACGUUGACUUGGCACAAGUCCUGGCAUACCUACUGCGGAGGGGCCAGGUGCGCCUGGUCCAUGGAAGUGGAGCGACAGGCCUACAGCUCGUGCAGUCGUAUUCAGACUCUGAUGAGGACAGCGAUGGGGCCUGGGAUGGGCGUUUAGGACAUCGAUAUGACCCUCCUGUGGAUGCCCAACCAGACACACAGGAAGUGGACCGUAGUGAGAUCCGCACUCAGAUCCUGCUCGCCACUGCUUCCUCAGGACUAAAGGGCAGACACAGUUUCACACAUAUGCUGGCAGAGCGGGAACAGGGACGGUGUCGAGGAUCAAGUUUCUCUCAUGGAGAGUGUAGCCUUAUUCGCUCGCAUUUCCUGCCAAAUCAUGUGGUUUAUAAGGACACUUAUCAACAGAAAGUAUUUUGUGGAGUCUACAGUGAUGAUGGAAACAUGUUCCUGUCUGCAUGCCAAGAUCAGAAUAUCAGGUUAUAUGACACUAGUAGAGGCCGUUUUGCUCUGAAGAAGACUGUGAAGGCCAGAGACGUGGGAUGGAGCGUUUUGGAUGUGUGUUUUACCCCUGACGCUCGUUGUGUGCUCUACUCCAGCUGGUCUGACUAUAUUCAUGUGUGCAGUGUAGAUGGGGACAAUGAAACGCACACCGCUCUGGACCUCAAUCCAGAUGAACGGAGGUUCUGUGUUUUCUCACUGGCUGCAUCCACAGAUGGAAAAGAGAUUUUAGGCGGUGCAAACGAUGGAUGCCUGUACGUGUUUGAUCGUGAACAAAACAAGAGAACUCUAAAGAUUGAUGCUCAUGAGGAUGAUGUGAAUGCUGUAGCAUUUGCAGACAGUUCAUCACAGCUGCUGUUCUCAGGGAGUGAUGAUGCUGUCUGUAAGGUAUGGGACAGGCGUACACUCAGAGAAGACAGACCACAGCCUGUGGGUCAGCUGGCAGGACACAGAGAUGGAAUCACCUUCAUACACAGCAAGGGCGAUGCUCGGUAUUUGAUCAGUAACUCCAAAGAUCAAUCCAUUAAGCUGUGGGAUGUGAGGAAGUUCUCCCCCAAAGAGGGACUUGCUGCUUCACGACUUGCCGUCACACAACAGAACUGGGACUACCGCUGGCAGCAGGUUCCCCAGAGAGCACUGAAGAGGCACAAGCUGACUGGUGACACUUCUGUAAUGACAUACAGGGGUCACGGGGUUCUACACACGCUCAUUCGGUGUCGCUUUUCUCCUGAAUUCAGUACUGGACAAAAGUUCAUUUACACGGGCUGUUCAACAGGCAAAAUUGUCAUCUAUGAUGUAUUGACGGGAAGCGUUGUGACCAAAUUGUCUAAUCAUGACGCAUGUGUGAGAGAUGUCAGUUGGCACCCGUAUCAAGUCAAAAUGGUUAGCAGUUCGUGGGAUGGUGCCAUACGUUUGUGGGAACACACACAGAAUCACCCUCUGGACAAAGACAGAGAAUAAAGGAGCGUGGAAGUGGUGGAGAUGACAGCGAAAUGUUGAUGAUGCCAGAGAUGGAUGGAUUUUGGUGCUGUCUCAGCUGAUUUAAGAAGAGAAAUCUGAAAAAAAAAAUCAGAAGAGAACAAAUUUUGUGGAGAGAGUUGUAAAAUCACAUUGAUGUUGUAUACGGCAGGGUUUUUCAGAAGUAUUUUUGUCCGAUUCCACGUUGCUCUGUCUGCCUGCAAAACGAAAUUCACCAUACAAAUAUUGAAGUUUCAACAUAAAGGUGCAGUGACAUACAGGAAAUGGAGACUUGGAGGUUUAUGAUUUCUCUUUUAUGUCUACUUUAUCACCUUUUUCUAAACUCCAUGGUGAUGGUUUAAAGAAGGUUUAAGCUGAAGUGAAAGAUUUACAUUUCACAAAUCAGAAGAACGCAUUAUUUCAGAAAGGCUGGACACAAAUGCGUUGCUUGAAAUCUUACUGUAUGUUAACAAAGUUGCUUUACCAAAAAAGCAGUACUUGCUUUAAGUAAAUAUAGCAAAACAAUUUAGAUAUGAUGGAUAAUUUUCUAAAAUUUCAGGAAUAAUUCUAAAUAUUGUAAGAUAUUUUAUUGCUGUUAAUGUCCAGGAUUUGAUUUUGUAGUUCAAUGUAAAGAAAAAACUUUUCUUUGUGAAAAAUCUGGAUGUGUGGUGUAAGUGUGGCUGGACACUUUGUCAUGUUUCAUGGGUGCGGAAGUGAGUUUCUUUAUGUGUAUGUGUGAGAGUGUUUGCAAAUAUGUUUCUAUUGACACAGAUUUGAUUUGUGUGUGAUUAAGUGUAUUUAGAAUUCUUUAAGAUACUCACUAAAUUGUUUUACAAGAAGAAUUAAACUUAUGCUCACAACU